GUGCAGGACCACAGCGUCUCACCUUUGCUCCGUCUGAAAUAACCUAGAUAUUGUUGUCACGUCCUGGACGCCAUGGGACCCUUUUUUGCCCUGUCGGCACUUCUGGCCUGCUCUCUUCUUCCUACAGAUGCCUUGAUAACAUGUGGAAACCAGCAGUUCCCGUGCGGGAAUGGGCGAUGCAUCACAGUGAGAUGGGCGUGUGACGGCACGGAUGACUGCGGAGACGGCACAGACGAGCUUCCUGCGACUUGCUUGGCCAAAACAUGCAGACCAACAGAGUUCAGUUGUGCAGACCGGCUGCACCAGUGCAUACCGAGCACCUGGCGCUGUGACGGACAGGCAGACUGUGAGAAUGGAGCUGAUGAAGAGAGCUGCGGACCCAAACGCUGCACCAAGUCAGAGUUCGGCUGCACAAACGGCCAGUGUGUGUCGUCCUCCUUCGUGUGCGACCAUGAAGAAGACUGCGCCGAUGGCAGCGACGAGGCCUCCUGCCCGCCAGUCACCUGUAGCUCCGCUUCCUUCCAGUGCAACAACAGCCUCUGCCUGCCGCGCCUCUGGGCCUGCGACGGAGACGCCGACUGCUCGGACGGCUCGGACGAGUGGCCCCAGAACUGUGGCUCAGUGGCGCCCGCCCCCGCUCGGACGAACCGCUGCUCCCCGCUGGAAUUCCGCUGCCGCAGCGGGGAGUGUAUCCAUGGCAACUGGAAGUGCGACGGAGGAGCGGACUGCCUGGAUCGAUCGGAUGAAGCUGGCUGUGUGCCACCCACCUGCGGUCCUGAUGAGUUUCAAUGCGACGACGGCGCUUGCAUCCACGGCAGCCACCAGUGCGACCGUCGGUACGACUGCAGGGAUAGGAGCGAUGAAACCGGCUGUGUUAAUGCGACCCGGUGCGAGGGUCCGGCCCGGUUCAAGUGCACCAGUGGGGAGUGCAUCAGCAUGGAGAAGGUGUGUGACAGAGAGCGUAACUGCAGGGAUUGGUCGGAUGAGCCUCUGAGGGAAUGUGGCUCCAACGAGUGCCUCAUUAACAACGGGGGCUGCUCUCAUAUCUGCAAUGAUCUGAAGAUCGGUUUUGAGUGUCUUUGCCCCUCCGGAUAUCGCCUGGUGGACAAAAACCAAUGCGAAGAUAUUGACGAGUGCGCCGACCAGGAGAGCUGCACCCAGAUUUGCAUUAACCAAAUGGGAAGUUACAAAUGCGAGUGUGAGGAAGGCUACCAAGUUGACCCAGCAACCAAAGCCUGCAAAGUUACGGGUUCAAUCGCCUACCUUUUCUUCACCAACCGACAUGAAGUCCGAAAAAUGACUUUGGACAAGAGUGAGUACGCGUGCGUCGUACCGCGACUGAAAAACGUUGUGGCGCUGGACAUGAACAUGGCCACCAGCGAGAUCUACUGGUCAGAUAUGUCCCAGAAGAAGAUCUACAGAGCUCCAAUGGAUUCAGCGGAGGACCCCAGCCACCACACCACUGUGGUCGGCAACGAUAUCGACGCGCCUGAGGGCAUGGCCUUUGAUUGGAUCCACGGCAACCUGUACUGGACCGACAGCAUCCGCAGCACUGUCUCCGUGGUAACUGCCGAUGGUCGUCGGCGUAAGACCCUCUUCGACCAAGGCCUGUCUAAACCUCGAGCUAUUGUGGUCGACCCCUUCAGCAACUUCGUGUACUGGACUGACUGGGGCAAUCCCGCAAAAAUCGAAAAGGGCGGUCUGAACGGGGGCGACCGCAGCGCUCUGGUCACCGACAACAUCGUGUGGCCCAACGGAAUCACGCUGGACCUGUUGAACCAGCGGCUGUACUGGGUGGACUCCAAGCUGCACACCCUCUCCAGCGUGGACAUGCACGGCGGUGGCCGGCGCACCCUCGUCGUUGACGAGCACAGGUUGAGCCAUCCGCUGGGACUCGCUGUGUUUGAGGACCGAGUAUUCUGGACAGACAUCAGCAACAACGCCAUCCUGAGCGCUAACAGGCUGACUGGUGCAGACAUCACUCCAGUGGCGGAGCACCUGACUUCACCAGAGGACAUCGUGGUCUACCACAACGUCAAACAGCCUGCUGGGAGAGACUGGUGUCAGGUGUCCAAUGGUGGCUGUGAGUUCAUGUGCCUGGCUGCACCACAAGUGGGCAGACACCCGCCAAAAUAUACCUGCGUCUGCCCGGAUGCCAUGGUGCUCGCCAGUGACAUGAGGAGAUGUCUACCAGCUUCCGUGCAGCCUGCGGUUCCAACCACCGACCAACCAAUAACCACCGCAAACCCACCCGAACCCCGGAUCAGGAGCUCUGCCGCUCAAGUUACAACCACGAGACCGGUGGUCAAGCCAGUGCCAAGCACUGCGAGGCCUCUGGUCAGAACCACUCAACCUGAACCCCAGCCAGCACAGCCUGAAGACCCAAAGACAACCACAGAAAUCCCAGUCACUUCUCAAGACCUUGGCCAUGACGUUGGUGCAGUGAUACCUCAAACAGCCUCCAGCUCCCCACUGGCUUUGUACAUCGCCUUACCUUUGGUAAUCCUCUGUAUGCUGGCUGUCGCUGGCCUGCUGCUCUGGAAGAACUACAAGCUGAAGAACACCAACACCAUCCACUUUGACAACCCAGUCUAUCAAAAAACCACAGAGGACCAGGUUCACAUUUGGAGGAAUCACAGCACUGAUGGGUAUUCUUAUCCAAAAAAGCAAGUCGUGAGCCGGGAUGAAGAGGCGGACAAUCCAACUUUCAGUGAGAACUGAGCAGCAGGUGAAGGACCUCCAUGACGAGAUGUCCUUUUUUUGAUUGUUUACCUCACACGGAAUUCAGCUUUCAACCACGAUCUACUCACACGGCCACAAAACCUCUUCUUGGGCAUUCAGGUUCUCUUUAUUUUGUUAAUUUUUGUUGAUUUUCUACUGGACUCCACUAUUUUUUUCUUGUCCAAAUCAAACAUCAGUUAGCAGUUAGCAACGUUAGCAACGGUGCAGAAAUAUGAUUAUUAUUCCAGUCUGGCCUUUUUCAGUAUUUCAGUCAGGCACACAUUAAUGCUGGAAACAAAAGAAUAUUUAGAAAUAUUACUUUUCUUGUACACCUCAGAGUCAUAUAAGGAGGUACUUGACACAUGCUAACAUUGUCAUGCUAACUUUUUCAGCCAAUUUUGCAGCCAACACUUCAGAGUCAUAUAACUAGGUACUUGACACAUGCUUACAUUACCAUGCUAACUUUUUAGCCAGUUUUGCAGUCGAACACCUCAGAGUCAUAUAGCUAGGUACUUGGCACAUGCUAACAUUACCAUGCUAGCUUUUUAGCCAGUUUUGCAGCUGGACACCUCAGGGUCAUAUAACGAGGUACUUGACACAUGCUAACAUUACCAUGCUAACUUUUUUAGCCAGUUUUGCAGCCAACUCAGAGUCAUUUAAUUUGAUGCUUGACACAUGCUAACUGUUAGCAUGCUAACAUUACCAUGCUAAGUUUUUUGCCGAACGCCUCAGACUCGUAUUACUUGGUACUUGACACAUGCUAACUGUUAGCAUGCUAACAUUACCAUGCUAACUUUUUAGCCAGUUUUGCAGUCAAACACCUCAGAGUCAUAUAACUAGGUACUUGACACAUGCUAACAUUACCAUGCUAACUUUUUAGCCAGUUUUGCAGCCGAACACCUCAGGGUCAUAUAACUAGCUACUUGACACAUGCUAACAUUACCAUGCUAACUUUUUUAGCCAGUUUUGCAGCCAACACCACAGAGUCAUUUAAUUUGGUACUUGAAACAUGCUAACUGUUAGCAUGCUAACAUUACCAUGCUAACUUUUUAGCCGAACGCCUCAGACUCGUAUUACUUGGUACUUGACACGUGCUAACUGUUAGCAUGCUAAAAUUAACAUGCUAACUUUUUAGCCGAACGCCUCAGACUCGUAUUACUUGGUACUUGACAUGUGUUAAAUGUUAGCAUGCUAACAUUACAAUGCUACGUUUUGAGCCUGUUUUGCAGCCGAACACCUCAGAGUCAUAUAACUAGGUACUUGACACAUGCUAACAUUACCAUGCUAACUUUUUAGCCAGUUUUGCAGCCGAACACCUCAGGGUCAUAUAACUAGCUACUUGACACAUGCUAACAUUACCAUGCUAACUUUUUUAGCCAGUUUUGCAGCCAACACCACAGAGUCAUUUAAUUUGGUACUUGAAACAUGCUAACUGUUAGCAUGCUAACAUUACCAUGCUAACUUUUUAGCAGAACGCCUCAGACUCGUAUUACUUGGUACUUGACACGUGCUAACUGUUAGCAUGCUAAAAUUAACAUGCUAACUUUUUAGCCGAACGCCUCAGACUCGUAUUACUUGGUACUUGACAUGUGUUAAAUGUUAGCAUGCUAACAUUACAAUGCUACGUUUUGAGCCUGUUUUGCAGCCGAACACCUCAGAGUCAUAUAACUAGGUACUUGACACAUGCUAACAUUACCAUGCUAACUUUUUAGCCAGUUUUGCAGCCGAACACCUCAGGGUCAUAUAACUAGCUACUUGACACAUGCUAACAUUACCAUGCUAACUUUUUUAGCCAGUUUUGCAGCCAACACCACAGAGUCAUUUAAUUUGGUACUUGAAACAUGCUAACUGUUAGCAUGCUAACAUUACCAUGCUAACUUUUUAGCCGAACGCCUCAGACUCGUAUUACUUGGUACUUGACACGUGCUAACUGUUAGCAUGCUAAAAUUAACAUGCUAACUUUUUAGCCGAACGCCUCAGACUCGUAUUACUUGGUACUUGACAUGUGUUAAAUGUUAGCAUGCUAACAUUACAAUGCUACGUUUUGAGCCUGUUUUGCAGCCGAACACCUCAGAGUCAUAUAACUAGCUACUUGACACAUGCUAACAUUACCAUGCUAACUUUUUUAGCCAGUUUUGCAGCCAACACCUCAGAGUCAUUUCAUUUGGUACUUGACACAUGCUAACUGUUAGCAUGCCAACUUUAAUUUUGGACAACUUUUGCAUUCAUAGUUAUAUAACUUGGUAUGUGACACAUUCUAUUAGCACGCUAGUGUUAGCAUUUGAGUGCAGCUCGCACGUUUAAGUGUUUUUUUGUGUAGUGUUCUAAACCAAACUGUGUUUAUUUUGUCCGGGCCAAAGAAAAACAAGCUGGGGCCGCACUUUGGACACCCCUGGUUUAGCACGCUUUAUAGAUGAGAUCCAGGUUGGGAGUCCGAAGAGUUCACUGCGCUCUUUUGUAAGGGUUCCAUUUUCACCUGUGCAGUUGUCAAGCACAUGUUGGAGGCCUUUUCAGCUCCAGUCUGUCAUGUUUGACUUUUUUGUUGUUGUUGUUAUUGAAGAAACAUGAGAUUUGUACGUCCACGUCUUGCUGGAGGAAAGUGUGCAUUCCUUUGAUGCAGACAUGUGUGAGCGCACUAUAACACGUGCGCAUUUACAGCCUGGCCUUAUGGCAGGACAGAAACACGUGCCUUAACCCGACUCUCCUCCGUCUUUGCAUUCCAACUUUUCCUCCGGUCUUCAUUUUGGCGGAGGACGGAGAAGAGAAUCGGAUCUAUUGUAAAUGUUGGAGAAAAUGUAAAUAAUCAUUUUUGUAAAUAGGAUGUUCAUAAAUGUAAAUAUUCCGUUUUUUUCCUGGUACAAAUGUUUUCCUUUGCUGUACAUAAAUAAAUGCUUGUAUUUAUUAAAGAUCCACU